UUUGUUGCCGAAGAAUUGUAACCCAAAGAGAAGUUACUUCUCAUUGAGCAACAGCAGUGAAUAUAAAGUUUUUGUUAGAUAAAUUGCUUUACUGGUCAAAGUUCAGCUUGUACCAAAUUGCAGAAAUUCCAAAGCUUACCAGCCAAAACCCACCAAAUCCAACCUCCAAAAGCACACAUUCCAAUAAAACCCAACAUUCACCAAUGGAUCCAAUUUCAGAUCUCACACUCUCAUUGAAAGUAUCAAGCAUCCAAUGAACUCUCUGAGGUAUUAAAUUCAGAAAUUGCACUGUAAAACUUACUCCAUUUCUUGAAGUUGGUAUGAAGAACAGAAUCAAAGAAGCUCUCUUUUGAGGAUUUGCUUGCAAGUUACUGAAGUUCUACUUUUUCCCACUACUACUGAACACCAAAGAACAAGAAGAUAAAGGGAAACCCAUAACUGGAAAGAAAAAGUAGUGGCUUGAGUGGAAGAUUCAGUGAAAUGUUAAAGAAGACACUUUUCUUGAAUGCUCAACUACAGCCCAAGUCAGUCUUUUGGUCCAAUAAUUCAUAACUGUUAUUUAUUUUUUUAACAACAAUAUUAUUGUUAACUCUUCAAACCUUUACGGUUCUUACCCACCCUCAGACCCUCACGCAAACAAAUAGCCUCUUAAAAUAACUAAAUUACAACUGGGUACUCUACCUACUUCUACCAAUUUAACAACAUUAAAUUUCUAUUAUUAUCCCAUCUGAAGAGAGAAACCCUUGGGAUUCAUUGGGAGAGAACAAUCAGGGCUGUCUUAGUGCAGAGAAAGAUGGAGCAGGAAGAAGAGGAAACAACACCAAAAUCAACAGAAUCAUCACCAUCACCUUCUUUCAGCUUACUUUUAAGAAUUAUGAGCAAAAGGAGGACAUGGGUAUGUCUAUUUGUGCUCGUAUAUGCCAUAAUCUUAUCAUGUUCAUGGAAUUUUAUCAAAUUCAUACUUUCUUGGUACAAACUACAAUCCCAACCAUCUUCAUCUUCAUCUGGGUGGCCUGCUCUCUAUGCAUCAGUGCUUCUUGGAGGCGUUUUUGGUUUGCUCUCCAUGGUUGCUGCCCUAGCUGUGGCAGUCCCAGCCACUCUGGUCAUCUGGAUCACAGUUGUGGUUCUUUUGGCUUUCUUUGGGAAACCCAGAAGGGUGUUGGUGGUUGAAGGAAGGAAGAUCACAAGGGAGAUUGUUGGGUUUGUCUUGAAGAUUUUGUUGAAGGAAGGGAAUAUUGUGGCUGCUGUUUGUGCAAUUUUAGGCUACUUUGCUCUUUUUAGAAAGAAUAGUGAAGGUGUUUCAUAGGGAAAUUUUGUUCCUGCUGAUGCAAUUUUGAUGGGGCUUUUGGGAUCUUCUUCUUGGUUGUUGAAAUUGGAAAAAGUUUGCCCCAAUCUGGAUUAAGACACUGUUUGGAAUGUUGUAAAGUUUAGUGCUUUAGAGACUGCAAUAUGGAAGCCGUAGAGCAAGCAAUAUGGAAGCUGUAGAGAGUAUAGAGGCAUUGUAACAUUAUUACCUGUUUUGUUAAUUCCUCUGUAUCUUCACACUGAUGCUUUAACAUCUUCAACCCUUAUUUUUCUCUUAA